GAUUAAAUGUAAACAAAAACAAGAUAUACAUUUCUCUACACUACACUCACGAACAUUUACACAAAAUUCUAAUUUUCUCUCAAAUUUCACAUUUACACACAAAAGCAUAUUUGAAACAUGUCCACAAUUACUAAAUUCAUCCAUAAGUGUUGAUAAAUCGACAAAAAUUGAUAACAAUCUGAAACUAAAGGAAAUUGGAUAUAUAGCCUCCAUAACCUCUCUGAUGCAGACAACUUCCAAUAAAAACAAAAUGAAAUAUUACAUUGGAUAAAUUGAUUGAAGCAAUUAGAACAUUACAUUGUGGUUAAAAAUUUAAGAUGAAUAAAAUGAAUUGAAGGAGUAAUGAAACACUAUUAGCUGUAGAAGCUUAAAUGCCAUUUAGAAAAUUGAAGGAAUAACAAUCAACUUCAGUAGAAAAGUUACAAAAAUAAAAAUGUAAAUUGAGAAAGAAUCUUCAAGAACUUCUUGUGAUUAGAGGAUUGCUGGAGAUGAAGACGUGAUAAUAAAAAGUUUGUAAGAACUAACUGAUGAAAAAUAAUGAACGAAAAUAGGGGCUCGAGAACCGAAAGAUCAAAAAUUGAAACACGCUGUUGCAACAAUCCUUGCUACCUGUGCCAACAAUUGAAGCUGAAAUUAUGGGGCGGAGACCCGAACAAAGUGGCGCCCAAAAAGGAGGAGGCGAAGCCGCCACCAGUGAAGCCAAAAAAGUCGAAGCCGCGGAAAAAGAAGAAGAAGAAGGUGCAUAACAUGGAUGAGGCGACGGCACAAGAGAAUAUGUCGGCGCUUUUUCGCAUGAUGAGGGAUUACUAUGCAUUGAAACUGGCCUCACAAUACACGAGCACUGAGAAUAUGGUUGGAGACGGAAAAGCGGAGGAUGGUGAAAGGACAGGUGCUACAGUUCCUGAAACUCCAGAACCAACGGGCGACGAAAACAACGCCGCUCAACCAAUGAUGAACGAGGGGGGUGAAGAAGAAGAUGAGGAUGAGGAGAGGGAUGAAGACGGUAAUCCGGUCAAAAAGCACGGCGAAAAUUUGUACGACGAAAAUGUGAUCAUACCGGGCAGCACGGGAAGUUUCAGCAAGGACGAUUUCCCUCCCCCCUUACCCAACGACAGCAAUAAGAAGACAACCUAUGCGACCAGCUAUGAUGAGGAGGAGGAGGAUGAAGAAUUCGAGGAUGAUGACGAGGAUGAAACAUGGAAGAAGUGGCAGGAGAAAAAAACUUGAGGAGUCAGGAAACUGGAAUUGUUUGAACUCGUAAAAUCAACAACUCAAGAAAUGUGGACUGGAAUGUUGUUUUUGAAAUAGAUCAGCACCUCAAAAAAGUUCUUACAAUUUUAACUAGGAUUCAUAAAAUUAACAGCUCAAGAAAUGAGGACUGGAAAGAAUUUAAUGCAACGCCACAACAACAAUACUUUUAAAAAAAGUUUCAGUAGAUGAAUAGACUAUAUUGCAAUAUUUAUACUAUCAAUAAAAUAAACAUGAUUUCAA